GCGGCUUUCCCUCCCUGUCUUUCGGCCGCGUUCCUUCCUUCCUGCGCACAAGCACAACGCAACGCGUCUUCUACUUCUCCUCCGAGUCGUUCGUUCGGCCGGGCGGACCCGGUAAAACAAACAAAACCCAGCCCGACGAAGUCAAAACACAAUUACGCCACGCAGCACCAAGUCCCAACCCAAACCCAAACAAUAACGCAGGGUAGCCGCCGGCCAGCAGCACAUUCCAUCCCGCAAGUCAAUCAAUCAAUCCUCCGCCUCGUCCCCGACCAUGGCUCCUCCGCCCCCUCUCCUCGGAAUCCCCCUCCUCCUACUCCUCGCCGCCGUCGUCUGCCCCCUCGCCGCCGCGCAGUCGCCGCAGCGCAACAUCCAGACCCGCUUCCCCUCCACCAGCACCCCCGCCUUCGACGCCGCGCCGCCGCCGCCGAUCGUAUCCCCAUCUCCGCCUCCCACGACCGCGCCCUUCCUCCCCCCGCAGUCCUCCUCCUCCUCGUCUUCCUCCUCCUCCACGAAGCGCAGCGACAUCGCCGUGGCCGUGGUCAGCACGGCGCUCAGCAGCUUCGCGGUCUCCGGGCUCGCCUUCUUCCUCUUCCUCCGCCACGGGAAGAAGAAGGAGAAGGACUUCGCGCACGCUGCUGGCGGUGGCGGCCGCGGGAACGGGUACCAUCAGAACGGCGGGUUCGCUGCCGGCAAGCAGCCGGAGAGGGCGCCGAAGCAGCCUCUUCGCGGCGGCGGGGGCGGCAUCGGCAUGGUGGACGAGAACGGGCUCGACGCGAUAUACUGGCGGGAGUUCGAGAAGGAGGGCGAUAGCGGCGGCGGGAGGGGGAGGAAGCUGCCCGCGGGGAGCGGCUGGCGCCCGCCGCGUCAGCCGUCGGAGAGGAGGCAGGUGUCGUCGUCGCUCCCGUCGCCGUCCCCGCCGCGGCCGAGGAAGGGGAAGGUAGAUCAGGAGCCGCUCAUCCCCAGGGGCUCCCUCGACUCCUCCUCAGCCGUGUUCGACGACGCGCCCAGCGCCAGCUCCAGCUCGCCCUUCUCCGUGGCUGCCGCCGAGGCUUACUCGCGGCCGGCGCCGGCGAUCGCCGUCAGCUCUGUCCCCCGUCCAUCCCCGCCACCAAGCGCGUCAUCCUCAUCGCUGGCGCCGCCACCGGGAAGAGCGAGCCCACCGCCUCCGCCGCCAAUAGCCUCCGUGUCGCCGCCCAGGGCGGCCCCGCCGCCGCCACCGGCGCCUAGAGGUCCACCUCCGCCACCACCGCCCAAGGGCCCGCCGCCUCCGCCAGCGCCUAAAGGCCCGCCGCCGCCGCCGCCGCCCGGAGGGAAGAAGGGAGGGCCGCCCCCGCCGCCUGCCUGGGCGAACUCCUCGAGGCCACCGGCAGCGCCUGGCGUGCCGACCGGCGCAGAGGACCAGCAGGCGAAGCUGAAGCCGCUGCACUGGGACAAGGUCAAUGUGGCCGCCACCGACCACUCCAUGGUGUGGGACAAGAUCACCGGCGGCUCAUUCAACUUGGAUGAAGGCACCAUUGAGGCCCUGUUUGGUACUGCAGCAGCAAAUCGCAAGCCGAAAUCUGCAGACUCCAAAGAAUCCUCAAGCGGACUUGGACGCUCAAACUCAGAGGACCAAAUAUUCCUGCUUGAGCCACGCAAGUCGCAUAACAUUUCAAUCAUCCUCCGGUCCCUUACUGUUGGUCGGGACGAAAUCAUUGAUGCCCUCCGUGAUGGUCACACCGAGCUCAGCACGGAGGUCCUUGAGAAGCUUUCUCGGAUCAAUAUCUCCAAGGAGGAAGAAUCUACCAUUCUGAAAUUCUCUGGAAACCCUGGCAGGCUUGCUCCUGCAGAGGCCUUCCUCCUCCGGCUCCUCCUUGAUGUACCCAACCCGUUUGCCCGUGUCAAUGCUCUGCUAUUCAAGAUAAACUACAGCUCUGAGGUUGCUCAGCUCAAGCAAUCACUCCAGACUUUGGAAAUGGCAAGCCAGGAGUUGAGGACAAAGGGACUGUUCUUUAAACUGCUCGAGGCGGUACUGAAGGCAGGGAAUCGGAUGAAUGCCGGAACAGCACGAGGGAACGCACAGGCAUUCAAUCUUACAGCACUGCGCAAGCUCUCUGACGUGAAGAGCGCUGAUGGAGGCACCACUCUUCUCCACUUUGUCAUUGAGGAGGUAGUGCGUGCAGAGGGCAAACGCCUUGCCAUCAACAAGAACUACAGUAUUCGCCGCUCUGGUAGCCUUGCCAAGACCAGCACCGACGGUGGCAUUUCAGCAGCAGGCACCACAAUUCAGGGGCCAUCACGCGAGGAGAGGCAGAAUGAAUACAUGAACCUAGGAUUACCCAUUGUUGGAGGUCUCAGCAGUGAGUUUGGCAAUGUGAAGAAGGCUGCAACUGUGGACUACGAUGUGGUUGUCAACGAGUCUGCAAUUUUAAGCAGACGACUCACAGAAAUCAAGAAGCUCUUGGAGACCUGCGGGGACGAUGGAUUCGCUAGAGGGUUGAGAGGGUUUGUGAAGGCUGCAGAACAGGAGCUGAAAGCAAUAACAGGAGAGCAGGAGAAAGUGCUUGAUCUGGUCCAGCGGACAACGGAGUACUACCAUGCAGGUGCCACCAAGGACAGGAACGCACAUCCCCUCCAGCUGUUUAUCAUAGUGAGGGACUUCCUGGGGAUGGUAGACCAGGCAUGUGUAGACAUCAAGAGAAGAUUACAGCAAAAGAAACCGCCACCCUCAUCAUCACAGCCAACAACGGCAGCUGCUGCAGCUGCUGCUAAGGAGGCAGCUGAUGGUGCAGCAGCAUCAGCACCAUUACCAGCACCAGCACCGGCUCAGAAACCACCAGAAGAGGUAGAUAGCAAAAGGAAGAGGGUCAUGCCAAGAUUCCCAAACUUGCCAGCACAUUUUAUGAAGGACGGUGCGGAUUCUGAUUCAAGUAGUGAUGAGGAGUAGAAUGGAUGGAAAGGUGUAAAUGAUGAUUGUUUUCAUUGGUUGUUUUGGAGUAUAGGUUAGCUGCAGACUGUACAUAAUGGAAAAUCUGUAUUGGUUAUUGUCUCCAGUUUUUUAUAUAAAUGCCAGCAACAGUA